CGGAGCCGCCACCUGAGCCCCCCUCGGCGCGGCGGGCGCGGGGACCGGCCGGCGCGGGCGGGGCGGCCCCUGCUCUCCGCGGGGGCGGCUUCCCUCGGCAGCGAAGUUUCCCCGACUUGUGCCGAGAGAGGCAGGUCCCGGUGGCGGGGCGGGGGGAGGCGGGGGGCAUCGCGGCGGAGGAGGAGCGGAUCGGCGCGGCCCCGGCCGCCGCGGGCGGCGUGUGCGGGGGCGGGCGUGGAAGAGAGGUGGGCGAGCAGCGAUGACCUUUGCGAGGAGCCCGCGCGGGAGUGGGCCAGAGGCAGAGCGAGCGGCAGCGGGGGAGGAUGGUUGCUGAGCCCCGGAGGAGAGCCGCCCCGUAAUGUCACCAUGAUGUCUCAUGUAAGUAAAAUGUGGUGCUAUCACUGGAAAUGGAAGCUGCAGCACUGUCUCUGCUUGUUUACCACAUAUAUUAUAUACAUGCAGCAAGCAGCUCACGGAUGCUACGACUGUAGGAUCGUGCUAACUGACCCCUCUGGAGUUUUCACUUCUCCGUGCUUCCCCAGUGAUUAUCCCAACAGCCAAGCGUGCAAGUGGAUCAUCCGAGCACCUCAUGGAUUCAUCAUACAGCUAACAUUUAUCGAUUUUGACAUCGAAGAAGCUCCGGGCUGUAUUUAUGAUUCGCUGACAUUAGACAAUGGAGAAAGCCCAAUGAACCUUUGUGGCAUCACUGCCAAAGGAUUAUCCUAUAACUCUACCGGCAAUGAAAUGAUAGUGUCAUUUAAAAGCGACUUCAGUAUCCAAAAGAAAGGUUUUAAUGCCAGCUAUGUACGAAUCGCUGUGUCUCUGAGGAAUCAGAAAGUCAUCAUUCCCCAGGUUCCCGACGUCGAUGCUGUGUCCGUGGCAGAGACUGUCUCAGUGCCAGAGCUUAGCCAGUUUACACUGUGCUUUGAAGCAACCAAGGGCAGCAGCGAUGACAAUGACGACUGGAAGGUCUUCUCCUACACCGAUGCAUUGUCAACAGAAUUCUUCAGCUUUGGGAAGACCACAAAAGGCCAUUUUCUGUCCUUUUCAGGCACACAGUGCAUCCUUGAGAAUGCAUUGCCCCGAAAUGCAGAGUUUUUCACAGGAACCUUUCAACAGCUCUGUGUCGUAGUGGAUAGCUUCUCGGGCAGUGUAGGUAUAUAUGCCAAAAGCACCUAUCAUAUAGUGUACUGUCCGGGUAUCUUUGACAAAGUUAUCCCUGGAAACGGGAGGCUGGUGCUGGGCUCUAACAGCAAUGAAGUGAGCUCUCUAAAUGGGGACAUUUACAACUUCCGCCUCUGGAAUUUCACCAUGAAUGCGCAAACACUGGCCAACCUCAGCUGUGAUGUGAAAGGAAACAUUGUAGACUGGGAAAAUGAAUUCUGGAGUAUUCCAACUUCAGCACUGAAAGCAGAAAACAAUUUGAGUUGUGGCUCAUACCUAAUUCCCUCUUCUGCAAUUGAACCAACCAGUUGUGCAAACCUGGGGAGCCUUUGCCAAGCUACUGUAAAUGCUACUACUCCUACACCACCCACUGUCACCACUAACAUGCCUGAUACUAAUAGAAACGAUAAGCCAAACAAUGACCUGCAGGAAUUCAGAGUUCCUGCUACGGUUAUCUUCAGAAUGAAGAGAAAUUCACCUGAAUCCUCCCAUUCACAACCACAGAGGCAGCAAGAGUCUAAGAUAGAAGGGGUCAAAACCAUAGGAAUUAUCUCAACCCCAAUUAUUUGGCCAGUGAAGCAAAGGCCUCUCCGUUUCAGUAAAAACUCAGCAGAUGAGAACCCAGAGAGAAAAAACAUGUACAGCUUGUUUCUUCCAACUACAUCCACAUCAGCUGAUUCUGAGGAGACCGGCAACGAUACCUUGGCUACUUUUACAGAAAAAACUGACCUAGAUAAUACUGUGAUGAAUCAAUUACCAAAUGAAAAUAUUUUGAAUUAUUCUAGAAGUUCAUUCCAUGGAAUUUCUGAUGCAGCAGGUGCUGUUACAGAGCCUUCUUUGAAUGCAGCAGUUCCUUUUCUUCAAAGCAGAAGUCCUAAUGCAGAGCUAGCACGGAUUUUGGCAGAUGGGCUAGAUCAUUCUGACUCUGAGUCAGCGGUCCACUCUCCCAUUAGCAGCGGCAGCACUGCUUAUGAACACAGAAAAGAAACUGUGUGGCUUUCAUCCUCCAACAGCGGCACAAGCAAUUUCAUGCCUAUAAGCAAUGUCCUGGAGCCUGUGAGUUGGUGGAGUGAGACUGUAUUUCAUCAUAUCACCUCUAGCAUUCAAAAAGACAGACAUCAUUUUCUUUCUAGCUUAUCUAUAUCACCCACAGAGGAGAAAUCAUCAUUCCAAAAAAGUAGGCUAGAUUUGCUAGACUUCACACCUGAAGAUUUUUACCUGAAAAUGAUAGAAGGCAAUGCUGAUAGGAAACCUUUUUCUAUGUUAGCAGAAUUUCAGUUUAGAAAAUCUACACACAUUAAGGAACAUCACUCAGGAGGCAUUACAGAUGUAACCUCUGUGGAGACUCCAUGUGCAAACCCAACAACUUUUUUUCAAAACAUGAAAAAAGCAUACACAAAAUGUAUGCCUGACAUCCAACAGACAAAUUCAGUCCUAGGACACAGUAGAGAACUACAAGCAUUUUCAGCACUUCUGGUAGGAACAGGCUGGACAAGCUCAGCAUAUAAGCACAUUGUAACAACCCUUCCUGUUUAUCAACAAUCGUUGACUGACAUAUAUUUGGAAAGUGACAGCAUAUUUAUAUCUAAUAGCAAUUACUGGUCUCAUUAUUUAAAACAUUCAGUAUAUUUUCAAAAGCCAAGAGAGACCCUCAGAAAUGGAGUACUGGAGAACAAUUUAGAUGCAUUUCAUGGUAGCAAUGAAAACAAAGAGUCAGCUUUUUCCAUAUUAGAGCCAGAGAACAUGAAUAGAGUUGGCAAAUCCUCAGACUCAGGUUACUUGGAUUUUCCAACAAAAUAUGUAGAUAUUUCCCCUUCUUUAACACCGAGUUUCUGGACUGUUUCCUAUCAUUUGAAAGAAGAAUCUCAAGUGUUUUCUGGGGAUCCAUCAGAAAAUUGGUGGCUUUCAUUUAAUAAGCUGCUUUCUUCCCCAACAGAGAGAUUGCUAUCCAUUAGUUCACCUGUUAACUCUGACAGUAUCUCUGAACGAACAUCUGCCAUUAGAUUAUUAGGUCACAGGGCUGAAGAAAUUAACUUCUCUAGUCAUGCAUCAGCUUUAGAAACACAAAUCUUUAGUUCAUUUAUUCCAGGCCUUUCAAAGAGAAUUUCAGAAAGUAAUGGCAGGACAAUAUCACAGUUGCAGUCAACAAUGAACUUUGCAAACCUAACUGUGCCUUCCAACAGUGAAUUUUAUUUUGAUUUUCCUUUCCCUUCCCUGGAAGCACCUUUGAGUCAACCCUCAGUACAGGUACAGGUAAGUCCCUUUGAUAAGGUACUUGAAAACUCCACAGAAAAAUUAAUGAUAUUUGAUAGUUUGCACAUGCAAAUUGGAACUGACAUAGUGAGUGAUAAAACCAUGACCUUCCUAAACAAUAGGCAGCAGCUUGUUUCUGUCCUUCCAACACAUUCAGGUACCCAGCCUUCACAUUCAAGGGAUAGCCAAGCUGCUUCCUUGAUCAACACACCAGUUAAGAGUUUGGUAAACUGUACAAGAACACAUGGAUCACUGCAGUCUCAAAGUCUUUCAGCAAAUGAUGCUAUAACAAAUACUAUUGAUAAAGCAAGAAGUAAAGUUCAAAUAGAUGCAGGUGUCUUUUUAAAAAACAUCAGUUCAAUGAAUUCUGACUUCCUUCCAAUGACAUUGUCUUUGGAAUUAAGGCACUUUCUUCAUUCAUACUCAAAAUUCAGAGUCAGCGUACCUCCUAACAGCUACUCCACACCUCCACUCCCACAAAGUUUUCAGAACCAUCUUGAUAAAAUUUCUCCAAGCCUGAUCCCUCAGUGGGAUGUAGCAGAGUUAAGCUUGCCAACAACAGUAACACCGAGAAAUCACCUGACUGUUUUACGACAAAACUCUGUUGAAAAUCAAGGGGACGGUCUGAGAUAUUCUCUGUGGGCAGUAGAACAAAAAAUCAUUGGUGAUAAUGAAGACAUAAGGAAUUCUGUUGUUCUGACAUCAACAAACAUAUUGAGGCUUUCCAAAUGGGCUUCAGAAGGGGAGGUGCAUGGAUCCUUUAGCAAGCACAGAGAAGGAAUGUCUUCUCUGAAUAUUGUUAGUACUCAUGCCUUGGAUUUUGACAAUGCUGAUUAUGGACGUUUUGCAAAUCUCCCUUCUAUUUUGGAGUCAUCAAGAACUGCAAUAAUGAAUGAUGCAAUACCUUUGCCAUCUUCAUACAGUGGAGUUAUUAUUCAGCACAAAGAGACCAUCCUGAAGGGCACUCUGACAACACCUGCAGCAGCAAUUCAGCACUCUUUCAUGCAGUCCCAAAUGCCAGUUUCUUCUGUAACAUACCACCAGUCAUCAGUUUUGACACAUGUUCAUUCCUUGGCCAACUUACCAUCUGGGACAAGCCAAAAUACCACCCUUUACCCACCACUGAAUCAACUUACUAGCUCUCCUGCAGUCUUUUUAUCUUGUUUAUGUUACUCCUUCACUGAGCUGGGCUGCCUGUGUCCACCUGAGGUCAACUACAGUGGGCUAUUCUACAGGAUAUCUAUAACUGUCUUUAGUUCCAACUCCAACUCAGUGUCGAAAGUACAUGAUGUGGUUGCAGAAUGGCUAAACCGUACUUUCCAGAACUGGAAUUAUACUGUGUAUGUGGUCAAUAUCAGCAUCCACCCUGGCUCCACAAAAGAGGGAGUAAGAGAAAAAAGAAGUAUUAAAAGUUUUGGGGUUUUGGCUCUUCUGGUUUAUAAUUCUACCAACAACAUCAAUUUAGAAGAGGAAGACAUCCGACAGAAGCUCAUAAAUAAUAAUGGGACCAUAGAAGGAGGAUACAAGCUUCAUAGUGUGGAAGUUGAUCCAGUGGAAAAAUGUUUAGCUGAAGAAAACCCUCCAAACUAUUUUUGGCCAGAUACCAGACCAACUGUGACCAACUUCACAUUAUGCCACGGGAGCUCAGUUCAGACUGCAUCAAGAACCUGCUAUUUGGGUCUGCAGAAUUAUACAUCAUACUGGGGCCAGCCUGAUCUUAGAAAUUGCACAGAAAACGCAGCUGAUAUAGCCAAUCAGCUUCUGAAUCUCACUGGUGAAGGGCAGCAGCUAACCUCAGACAAAGUAAAUGAUGUUGUGCAGAAGCUCAAAAAAAUUGUGAAUGAUGAAGAAAUUGAUGAAUCUCUGGGUUCUACCGUGGUCACAAUUUUUUCCAAUAUUCUAACCAGUUCAGACAGUGUAUUGGCAGCAUCAUCUUCAGAAGCUCUAAAAACUAUCGAUGCCUUGGCUUUAAAGAUCCAGUUCACUGGACCAUCCAUGAGUAUUUCAACACGAAACCUCGCACUUGGAGUGUCUUCUAUAAACUCAACUUCAUUCAGAGGUGGUUCUUUCAGUGUCAGUCCACAGAAUAAUGCAUCCGAUUUCCAGAUAGAUUUUGACAAGGAUCAGACAAAUGCCUUUGCUUCUGUCAUUCUGCCACCAAGUUUAUUGAAGAAUUUAAGUCAAGAUGAGUUUGAAGUUAUAUCCAGGGCUCAAUUUACUUUCUUCAAUAAAAAUGGUCUUUUUCAGGAUGCAGAAAAUCCUGCCAAUUUGACCAGUUUUGUUGUGGCAUGCAGUAUUGGAAACAUAACCAUCCAGGAUCUUCAGGAUUAUGUGAAGGUUACAAUUAAGCACACCAAAAUUCAGGAAGAUCCUAAGCCUACCUGUGUCUUCUGGGAUAUGAACAAAAAUGGUGGCAAUGGUGGCUGGAACCCUGCGGGCUGCCAAGUGCACGCAGAGUCCAAUGAAAAUGAGACAGUUUGCUUAUGCAACCACCUCACGCACUUCGGGGUCCUAAUGGACCUUCAGAGAACCGUUACACAAAUAGACCCACAGAAUACCAAGGUCCUCACCUUUAUCUCUUACAUAGGCUGUGGGAUAUCUGCUAUAUUUUCAGCUGCAACUCUUCUGACAUAUAUUGCAUUCGAGAAGCUGCGAAGAGAUUAUCCAUCCAAAAUCCUGAUGAAUUUGAGCACAGCCCUGCUCUUUCUUAACCUCAUCUUCUUGCUUGAUGGUUGGGUUGCAUCGUUUGACAUAGGUGGCCUCUGCAUAGCUGUAGCUGCACUUUUGCACUUUUUUCUUCUGGCCACCUUUACAUGGAUGGGACUAGAAGCUGUUCAUAUGUACAUUGCUCUAGUGAAAGUGUUCAACACGUAUAUACGGCGAUACAUACUGAAGUUUUGCAUCAUUGGCUGGGGUUUGCCAGCUCUGGUGAUAGCAAUUGUUUUAGCGAGUGCUAAUACAAAUGCAAGUCAUGUUUAUGGCAAAGAGUUAUACGGCAAAGAUGCUACCGGGCAAGGAGGAGACGACUUCUGCUGGAUCAAGAAUGAAGUCGUCUUUUAUGUGACUUGUGCCGGCUACUUUGGAAUCAUGUUUCUGAUGAAUGUUGCCAUGUUUAUUGUGGUGAUGGUGCAGAUCUGUGGGAGGAAUGGGAAAAGAACUAAUCGGAGCCUGAAGGAAGAGAUCCUGAGGAACCUCCGUAGCGUUGUCAGCCUGACCUUCCUCCUGGGCAUGACAUGGGGCUUUGCCUUUUUUGCCUGGGGUCCCUUAACUCUUCCUUUCCUGUACCUCUUCUCAAUUUUCAAUUCAUUGCAAGGUUUAUUUAUAUUUGUAUUCCAUUGUGCUAUGAAAGAAAACGUGCAGAAACAAUGGAGGAGACAUCUCUGUUGUGGCAGAUUCCGACUGGCAGACAAUUCAGAUUGGAGCAAAACAGCAACCAAUAUUAUAAAGAAGAGUUCUGAUAAUCUUGGGAAAUCCUUAUCCUCUAGUUCCAUUGGCUCCAAUUCAACCUACUUAACAUCCAAAUCAAAAUCAACAACGAAUACAUAUUGCAAACGAAACAGCCAUACAGAUAAUGUCUUCUAAGGCCCUUUCCUCAUCAGUGGUGGAGCAUUACAGAGAAUGUUUUUCUUGACAAGCCAUCUUCAAAAUUUGCCCAAGAGGAUGGAGAACAGACAUCAAUCAUCCCUGUCCACCAGGUUAUUGACAAGGUCAAGGGAUACUGCAAUCCUCACUCCGAUAACUUCUAUAAAAACAUCAUCAUGUCUGACACAUUUAGUCACAGCACAAAGUUCUAACUGGGCUUCUGAAUUUUUUAAACCAAAGGAAGACAAAAAGUCUGCCUGGAAUUGAGAGUACUGGAUGUCGUAGAAUGUGACUUGUUUAGGGUUUUUUUUUUUCCCAUUUAUAAUGUUCUCCUGUUAACAGCUUCCACUCGAGGACCAAUUUCUCUACCUUUUUACUGUUGUGGAAAAAGACAAUUUUCCACCAUGGUAUUGAGCUGUUUCUAAAUGUGUGCCAGCCAACAUGAUGCUUGGACACCUAAUUGUAAUCCUGUGUAAAUAUUUUUUAAGACUGAAGAACCACAAGCCUAAGUCUAAAUUAUAUAGUUCAAACAGAAGCAAGCCUUGACUCCUUGAGAAAAUAGCAGACGUGUCACGCAGUACAGGCAAGCUCUUAUUGAACAGUCUACUUAUGGUCUUUUUCUUUUGAAAAAUAUGGAUUUUCCCUAUGACACUUGUUAGAUUCUUGCUUCUUGACUGUCUAGUGCUGUCUGUUCUUUAUUAGUAAGUGAAUAAAACCCUAACACCCACAUUAAAGGGUUAUUUUAAACCAUUUUUUACUAAAUAGACCUAAUCAUGCAAAUCUUGCUUACCAGAACAGUAUGUGCUGUAAACUCAGGCUAUUUUGUAUCCAUGUACAUAGAAACACACUUAUUACAUAGAUGUGCUGGCUGAGAAGGGCGUGCAGGUUGCUAGUAAUGCUUGCAAAUUUUAAGUCCAUUGAUACGUAUGGAAACAGACAGUCGUACCUAUGAUUUGCGUCUGUGCAGAACAAGUACACAGGUAAACCCAAAGUUUACACAAAGUCACGUUUUAACAUUUAUUGAUCGGUAUGUAUGAAAUGCAGCAUCUCCCAUUGCAAUUCUAUGUUUACUGUUCUUUUUCACUAAACAAAAUAGAAGACAUUCAACUAUAUAUAGACAUAUAAAUGUAUACCUAGAUCUCUCUCCACACAUAUUUUUGUAAUAAUGCACACACACAGUAAAUAUGACAGAGGAAACCACAAUGUGUACCACAGACAAUCUAAGAACAAUGAACGGUGCUAAAACUCAAGUUUAAGUAUUUAAAUACAAGCUGAAUACUUUGUAAACCCAUGGGUUCAUUUGUCAGUCUCUGUACUUCAGAAAUACUGUAUGUAUAGACACCUCCAUCAGAUGGCAUUGCAACAUUAGAAUAACCUGGAAUACGUUUACCAGUAAUAAAUAAAUAACAUCUUUCUGGGCACAUAACGUUAUCAGUAUCAGUAUCCCUCUCCUGCCCCGCUCUUGGUUGACUUGAUUGAGGUUGUUGGAGGCACAGAGUUUAAACAGUGUUCAGGCAACAUUAAGGCUUUUUGCAUUGAUAUACUGUGUGCGUAAUGGCACAGAGCUGUGUGUGUGCAGAGAACAGACAAGAGCAUAAAAUACUUACUUGUUUUAAUCUCUAUAAAUGUGUGACACAUAAGCAUGUGGCCAUGACUGCCAAAAGCGCAUCUCUUCAUGAUGCAUGUUUCGCCCAAUGACAGGUUUUAUAACAAUUGUAACUGCACAUGUCACUGAAGGCAUGGGCCAAAACAUCAAAGGUAUUUUAAUACUGUUUUCAGAGGAGAAUGUCUCCUAAUGGAAAUUUUCAUUUUAAAAGGCUUUUUUUUUUAACCAAAAUAUUUUUAACCAAAUAUUUAAUUAAUUGCAUUCAGAAGGUGACCAGAGAGUUAUGCUGAGAUUUUUCAGUUGCCAAGCAGGUGGAUGUUCAGUGAUUAGGGAUGUGGAUUUGUGCCUUUCUUUGCUCUCUGCACACACUUUUGUGUGCAGAGGUCAUUUAAUGCUGUGACCGCACAAAUGGCGUAUUUUCCCUGGCUGCAAACACCUGGUGGGAGGAGGAUGUCCUGACGGUAUUCUGUCCAGAAACACUGCUGUCGCUACACGGACCUUAAUGAAACCUCAGUCUCAUAACUGCAAAUACUUACAUGGUGGUAUGAAUGAAAGUCAACCCAGUUCGCUUAAAAUGUAAUUAUGAACAGGAAUGAGUGUUGUCAGAUAUCUUUAAUAAGGGAAAUAAUUUAGGGAGAGAUUAUGUACAAGCAUUUGCUGAACUUACAUUUUAUCAUCCCACUUGCUUAACUACUGUAGAUAAUAGUGUUCACACAGCAGCUUACUGUGAGAUUUCUACCUGAUUAAGGUGUUCAGAAGUGAAGAGAAGGAAAAACAAAUAUUCCUGAAAAAAUGAGGAAUCAAUAAAACAAAAUAGGUUAGUAAAAUAUAAAUAAAAAGCAAACAGUAUCCUGACUGAAGCUGAGCUGUAUCCUAUCAGUUUAAAGUACAGCUACCUAUAUUUUUGCUGAAUUAAGAUUUUUUUCUCUUUUUUUACUACCAUGUAGUAAUCUUAAACUGUCUGUGUCAGUUAGAUGCUCUUGAAUGCUCUCAAUUCUACAAUGUAAAGCUUCUAUUUUGUAGUUGACAUGCUGUAACCUCCCUUGUAUAUAUUUAUUUAUUUGUGAGGUUAAAUAUGUCAAAUCUAUUUAGCUCUACAAUGUCUGUUCUUGUUACUUUAAAAUUCAGCUUCUGUUUCAUCAUAGAAGAGGGAAAGAAUAAUUUCUUAUAUAUGUUUUUUCCAAAUGCCUUGUGAAACAAUUUACUGUAGUUCUAUCUUUUACAAGUAUAAGGAAACAUGUCAGUGUAAUUUGUAAUACUAGUCAGUGGAAUAUAGUGUAACAGGUUUAAAGAUGGACUAAAGUGGAAAGAAACAUUUUCAAGUAAACAUUCUUGAUCUUAGUGUUCCAAAUAAUUAAAGUCUUUUAAUAGUGAA